GCAAACCAACGAGUCUCAAUUCACUCAUCCCCUGUUCCUAUUCCUCUUCCUCUUUUUGAUGUUAACAUACACGUCUUCAGCCUAUAGCUUCAGGGGAAGAAAGGCCGUCGCUCCCAUGUCAACAACGCCUCCUGGUUCAACCGGAACUACCACCGGUGGUAGCGGCUCCGGUCAUGGUAACAACUGGGAGUACAAUUGGGGUUGGGGCUCAAGUCCCAAUAGUGGAUGGGGUUAUGGUUCUGGAUCUGGCCGGUCUCCAACUGGGUUUGGGAGGGGGUCUGGGUUUGGGUCCGGUUCUGGCUCGGGGUCUGGCUCAGGAUUCGGUUAUGGGUCAGGCAGUGGCGGUGCUCGUGGUGGUGGUUAUGGCUAUGGAAGUGGUUCAGGUACUCCUCGUGGUGGUGGUGGUGGUGGUGGUGGUGGUUCGGGUGGUACUGGUAGCGGCAGCCAGAGGAACCGCUCGCCACCAAUUGCUUGA